CGUCGCAAAAGUACCAAAGACACGCAAAGAAAGAAAAUGGUAAAGACUAGCAGUAAGAGUAUGCGACCUGGGCUCCGUUACGAAGAAACAUCUAACGGAAUGAUUUCAAAUCCGAAAUUUAUAAAAAAUCUAAAGACACGUGCAUCUAAGAAGAGAACAAAGUGUAAUACAACGCCAAUUUCUAACCAUAAUAAGAAUAUUGUUCGCAAGCAAGUGAGGAGAACAGUGAAGAAGAAGAAAAACGAGGAGCCCGUUAGACACGAAUUACCUAAGAAAAUAUAUAAAAAGACCAACAAUAAAAAGGAAACUCAAAAGGAAAAACAUGCCAGCAGAAAUAAUAAAACAAGAAAAAGUACAAGUUUGGGUUCAAGUUCUCCCAAAUUUGUUAGAGACCUAAAAUAUUUGUUUUCGACAAGUUUAAUGAAAUCUCAAUAUUGUAAUACUAUUAAUGAUAUCGAGCAAUUGCAUUUAACAAAAAGUUUAAUUGAAACUAUUUCGUAUCCGAAAUUUGUUUUUGAUGACAUAGAACAAGAUUCCAAUAGCUGUCAUGGAAAAGAAAACAACAAUAAAUUGUAUAAGAAUGAAAUGGAUGUACUACUAUCACAGUGGACCGACAAUAAAGAUACAACCAGUGAAUUAUACUCGAGUCACAGCAAACCUAAAACUUGUCCUGAAACUUGGCGUCUUAAUACGAAUGAUUUGAUAGAAGAACGUGUUCACUCAUCACUAGAUUAUUGCUGUGCGAAAAGUAGCAAAACAAGAUACUGCAAGACGGAAACAGAAAAAAAUGCAAAGGCUUAUCCGGAUAAUGAGAAGAAUGUAAAUGCUAUCUCACACACUAAGCUCAUGUAUAAAUUAAACAUAGAAUUCGAUAAACUGAAAAAUGACAAAUGUUCUACUAUAGAUUUGUUUCCUAACUCAGACAGUAUAAAAACCAGCCUCGAUGCCAACAAUGACCAUUCUGAUGUCAAUGUCUAUAACGAUGAUAUAUUUAUACCAACAAAGGAAGAAAUGAAAAAUGAAUUCGUUAAAGGUUGCGACUUCGUUUUUCAUACAUUUAGAGACAAAGUGUUUGAGACAGUCUAUUCUGACCAUUUAGCGUCUGUUCAUUAUUUAAAACGAAUACUUCAUGGCUAACACGUAUUACGAUAUAGCGAACGUCCUGAGAUGCAAGCGCACUUUCAUGGGUAUAUAUUUCUUUUAUAUCACAUAUCGUACAUAUUCGCGUAUGCAAGCGGAGAACACGCGAUACCAUGUCCAGUAGGGGUUCACAGUCCGGGCUUCAAUGUUCAACGAUUCUAUAAUGAAUCAUUUCAUUGGCACAACCAGACAGAAGAAAGACCAAUUGCCGCAGUUAUUACCAAACACUCUACCCAAACGAAAUACCUGAAUACCUCGUGAGUGUAAGAACCGCAGGACCAACCCAAUGGUUCAUUUGUGGAAUGCCACAUACAGUAUUUAUUAUCCAGUAAAGUCAGAUCAUAACACGUAAAAAUUAAUGAUUUACGAGUAUAAUGUUAGUAAUGUAAUCCUGCGAGAUUGUUGACAUUCUACAAAUAACGCGAUUUAU